AUGGAUGAAAUAGAAUAUAAGUUAAAAACGAAUAAUAAUGUUUUAAUAGUAAAUGCUGUCGAUAAGUUAAUUUUUACCAUAAAAUCGAAGUAUAAGCCGGCUGAAAGGCAGAGAUUCGUCUUAGAGAAUGAAGAACUCAAAUUCUUACGAGAAAAAUGCUUGUCAGAAAACACUUUUGUCAGUCUUACUGCAUACCAAGGCCUUUUGGCUUUAGUAGAGCUAGGAGUUCUUGAGAUUGGACACACUAUGUCCACCGUCAUAACCUUACUUCCUAGUGCUCAAAAUUACUCUGCAACUAUAUCAACAAUGGCAGGGCUCUUAGUUUUGGACCUUCGUUCACGUCUUAUCCCAGGGCAGCCUUAUAAGUGCCAGUUUUCACUUAAAUCUCCACAGCAUCCUCUUAUUUCAGUUUUAGAGAAGAACAAGGAUGCUGAAGAUGAUGUCUUAGCACAAAUGCAUGCAUUAUGUACACACCCAGAUUACAAAAUUUCAUCAAAUAGUUUGGAACUUCUUCGCUCAGUGUUCUUCUGGCUAACAUGCAAUCCUCAGCGCCCCAGUACAAGCAUCAAACCGUGGCAAUUGCUGCUCAGUUUACCUCAAACUACUUCCCAGUCAUUGCUUUUACUCGACUGUAUUUGUUGUCAACAGAUCUGCAACCCAAAACUAUUGGAGCAAGCUUUCGCGGCAUAUAGUGCAGUGGCGGAUACUGCAAUUUAUCAACAGCGACGCGAGCACAUUAUGGCAUUCGUACCCGUUCUGGCAAGGAUAUCGAAUGAAAUGCUUAAAAAUGGUCGAGAUCCACGCGCCUGCUACAGUCUGAUGGAAAGAUGUUUUGCUUUGGAUGCUCCUGAACUAAAAACGGUGUCUGGGCUAACUGUCAUGCUUCUUGCGGAGAAUUUAAUUCAUAGCUCAGCUUUAUAUUUGCAUGAACUUUUUAAUCUAUGCCUUCACAUAAUAAGCAAGUAUGAAUACGCAGCAUUGAGUCUAAACGCAUUUGCAGCUUUAUCUCUACAGUGGCUCCACCUACCUUCAUACUUAACAGCAAAUGCCUUAAAAGUUGCAUCUAAAAUCUUAGACACCUAUCAAAAUAGCAACAAAGAGGACAGCGGACUGUACAUGCCAAAUCUGAAAGCAAACAAAACUUUUCAAACUUUAUUAUACACGGACGGACAUCUGCAUGGAGUAUUUAAAUUGAUUGAAACAUGGGAACGGGUCAGAGAUGACCCAAACCUAUUGAAACAGUGGUUUGAUUCCUUGAUAGAAUCAAAUGAUUCAUUAAGAUUAGAACUCCUACCUUUCUUAGCUGGAGUGAUAUUUGAGAGGAGGAAAGCAGAGUUUGAAAAGAUUGUAUUAAAUGCUAUAAAGGUCUUAAUUCAGCUAGUUGAGGUGAAAAAGGACGUAUCUGUUAUUGUCCUGCCAAUUUUAAUGUAUAUGAUAGCCAAUGAUUCAAGACCUAAUGUUAAGCUUGUGUGCUUAAGAGGGCUUCCCUUGAUGGCUAAGACGAAGGAGAAUGUACCGACAAUAGUUUCAAUAUUAAACAAGCUGAAAACGAACAAGGGUGUUCCGACUUCACUACUUAUUAUGCUGUAUACAAGUUUAGCAGAGACACAGGUGCGUUGUUUUCCUUAUCUACAAGAAAUUUUAGUGGAUUCAGGCGUGGGAAGGCCUGAUGAUCUCAAAUGGGAGAUAGAUGUGGCGAAAGCGGUGGCUGUGAAACGUAUCUGCGAAUUGAGGGCGUCGAGCCACGGUCUGGAGGUGGUGCCGGUGAUAUCGUCGCUGUUGAACAAGUGCACAGACCGAAGUGGCUCGUGCGCUACGGCGUUGGCGCUGCGCGCGCUGGCGCAGUUGUGGCGCGCCGCCGCCGUGGCGCCGCCCGCCGCCUGGCGCGCGCUCGAGCCCCGCCUCGCGCGGGAUUCACGGCCCGCCGUGCAGAUCAGUAUCUGCGAGUUGUUAUCCGAGAUACCCUCCCUCCGAGUGUCGACGCCCGAGUACGAUCGCCUUAUACAAGACGCAACGAGGCGAUUGUGGCGAUAUGUAGCAGAGGCACAUCAACCGGAAGUGGCUGGUGCCGCUUGUGACGCACUCUCCUGCUACAAACUCGAGGACUUCAGACUUGUUGAUGUUCCUGAGAUAUACAGACGCACGGUGAAGCUACCGGCAUCAUAUUGCAAGACGCCCGCAGACGCUGCGAGAAAGCCGGAAGACGUGCUUGAUUAUAUACCAUGUGAGGUGUGGCCAGAAGUGUACAAAUGCACAAACCAGGCGUCGCUGGAGGGCGUGAAGCGGUUCGUGUCGAAGUUGGUUGAGCGCGAAAUCCGCGCGUUUCGCAGCGGCGUGUAUACGACAGACCCGCGCACCGAACCGCACGCGUACACGCACCUGCAGCCCGCUAGCGUGUUGCGCGGACUGAUGGACUGCUUUAGGAAACAGGUCACAUCUCCUUCUUACGAUUUCCCUGAUACGGUCCUUAUAGCGAUCCUAGAAACCCUGACAGCUGAAUAUCCCAAACCCCUUCCACCCAUAGACCUCUGUUUCUUACACGAGGCUUUCCACCGCGGAGCUCUGUGGAAGGUCGGCUGCGUGAAAUUGGCAGCGAGGCAGGCUCAGGCUUCUGCUUCGGCGAGGAGGUUGUUGGAAAACUUCCUGCAGGGAAUACAACCCGGGAAAUCGGAGGAAGCGGACAUAUUAUUGGUGUUCGAAUGUCUACACAUAUUAUGCCGAGGUUUGCCACCGAAUACGCUCCGCGGCCCGAUAGAAAGAUGCCUGGCGGACUCCUUCUCUUCGUUGCCCAAAUCAAUCAAGGAUGUAGAUACAGAGCCGCUGUUCAUCCGGCAGAUGCGUCUGAUAGAGGAAUGCCUGGAAUGUGACAGGAUCCAUGAGGCCAACAGGACACUCCUGUCUCAGAUCGUGGAGACAUACUUCUCAGUGAUCAGCGACGAUAGUGUUGUGAGUCCCUAA